AUGCCUGAAGUUUCUAACGUAGUUCACAGCUGCAAGACGCAUGAAGAAUACAAACUGGGACUGCUUGCUACAAACCAUUUUUAUAAUUUUGGGCGUCAGUUAAGCCCUGAGGGUGUUAACAAGCUCUUCGUUUUUAGCAUGCGCUGUGGCGAAUAUGAGGAAUCACUUAAGCUGCUGGAAGGUACCCGAGACUGGCUUCCGAAACCUCCAGAUAUUGAUUUGGUUUACUUACUCAUGUCAGUAUUCAUUCAUAAGAAGGAUUAUUUGAAUGUCAAGCGUGUUUUCAAGGCCAUAAGAUCCCACUGGUUGGUCGACGUUUCUGGUUUGAGAAUGUUGUCAGGCAAAUGA